AUGGUGGGCAUCGUGCUCGCCAUCAUCGGGCAGCUGGCGGACAGCCCGCCGAAGGUCCACUCGGAGUUCGACAUCAAGGGCUACGUGGACAGCACCACGGCACACGUGCUGGCUGCCAUCGUCCCUAGAGAGCUUCGCAGGGCUGGCAACCACAGCGCGCAUAUCAGUCCCAUCGCGGUCAAGACAAGUGCAGUUCAGAGCCACUGCGUUGGAGCCCGGUGCAACGACAAUGCGAAACAGAUCGAGGCCCACGACCAGCGCAUCGAUCACUUUGAGAAGCAGCGGGCGCUCUUCACCAACGAGAAGUCGCCAGUGGAUGCGCUGUCGUCACAGGGCAUGCCGACCAUCGCGGCGCGCAGAGUCAACGCACCAAUUGGUGCGCUCAAGAUCGCCAACAGGGAGUGGGGGCGCAUCGUGGUCGAGGACGCACAGGACUUGCCCGAGGACCUACACGUGGCGGAGGACAAGAACCCGUCUCAGAUUCGGAAGGAGCUCGCACUCAUGUGGGCCAGGAAGGCCAUCCAGGUCAACCGCGAGCCCCUUGUCAUACGUCGGCCCCUCAGUUUCCCCAUCAAGUUCGAGGAGAGUUCCAGGCAGAUCGCCAAGCCCGCGGGGCCCGAAGAGUUUCUGGCGUUGGCCACGAGCUCAACGCAUCCCUGCACGCGCCAGUCUGCGCACGAACCCGGGCUGAGAUGUCGGGGCUUUCCGCGUCGCAGCUUCGAGCCGGGCUUCGAAGGGGGGCCCGUGGACGUGAACGUCGAUGGCCCCUGGCACAUGUCUUUCGCUGGCGCCCCGCAGGGGCGCCCAGUGCCGCGCGCCUUCAGCAACCUCGAUGGUGUCUGGAUCCAGAAGAAGGUCGGCGCAGCCGUUGCAGAGAGCGCGGCCGCUCUUGAUUUGCUCCUGCUGGCGGCCUGGCAGAUCUUCUUAUGCCUGGCGCUGAAUCAAUCUUACACGCGCCCCUCGGACCGCUCCCGGGUCCGACGUCUACCGCAGUGGACGUGGUGUUCGACGCCCGUCGGCCGCGAGACGCUUGGAAACUGUCUUCCGCUGGCGCUCCGCAGGGGCGCCCAGUGCCUCGCGCCCUCGGCAACCUCGAUGGUGUCUGGAUCCAGGUGGAGGUGGAAGAUCAAGCUGAAGAGUAGAUUGGUCGUCAGGCGUCGCAGACCUGGGCAGCUCGGCUCCAAGGGCCACUCCCACGGCAUAGUCCGAGAAUGCUCCGACAACCUUGGCGUCUGCAUCUCUCAGAUCGCGGCAUUUGAGAUGCGCGCGGCGCGCGAGCGGCCCGUCAAAGGACGGGCCGCGAGGGAGUGCCGGCCAGUCCGUGUGGAUUGGGCCCGGUUGCCCGCUGGAAUGGGCGGCGUGCGCGCAAGGGGUGCGGCCGAGGUGUCCCGCAGGGAGAUACGCCAGAAGUUCAUCAAGACCGAGGUCCAUCCGCUGAUGGAGGAGCUCGCAGUCGACUACUACGCCGCCGCGCCGCCGCCCGAGGACAUCGUGAAGCAUCUCAUCCAGUCGCUCGUGAGGAGGAAGUCUUUGCCCGAACCGCCAUCGGGCGAGCUCGACGACUCGGCCCUCGAGAAGGCGCAGGCCUUGGUGGAGCAGCUCCACAACCUGAAGCAGGAAAAGGCCAGACUGCUAGAGGAAUUGGCGAACCCACAGCCGUUGGAGGAUGGCAAGAAGAAGCGCGUCGUGAGAUAG